AAACUCCAAAAGUGAAACAAAAAUAAAAAUAGUAAACUGUAGAUUUUACACUUUACUCUGACGGUGUUUGGAUUAUAUUCUCGUUCUUGAAUAUUCAGUAGAUCGGUCAGUGUGUAAAAAAUAAUCAUAAUUUCGUUUCCAAUUUAUUUCCCCUCGGCGAAGUUGACCACCGUCCGAUCUCCGGCGAAGUCCACGUCUAUCGGAGAUGGGUGUAUACCUGAGUACUCCGAAAACGGAGAAAUUUUCAGAAGAUGGUGAGAAUGAUAGGGUUAGAUAUGGUUUAUCAUCAAUGCAAGGAUGGCGAGCAGCUAUGGAAGAUGCUCAUGCAGCAAUUACUGACUUGGAUGCUUCCACUUCCUUUUUUGGUGUCUAUGAUGGUCAUGGAGGUUCAACGGCAUGUUUUGUGUAUUUCCCAUCUAGAUUUGCUGUCUUCUGGUCUCUAUUUGUUCAUCGUUAUGGUCUACAAGUUGUUUUGGUUUGUAAAGUUGUUGCUAAAUUUUGUGCCAAGUAUCUACAUCAACAAGUCCUCAAGCACGAAGCAUAUCUGCAAGGAGAUAUUGGAACAUCAGUCCAGAAAGCCUUUUUCAGAAUGGACGAGAUGAUGCGUGGUCAGAGAGGAUGGAGGGAGCUGGCUGCGCUAGGGGAUAGAUUAAACAAGUUUUCGGGUAUGAUAGAGGGUCUUAUAUGGUCUCCAAGAAAUGGUGAUGGAAAUGGAAAUACUGAUGACUGGGCGUUUGAGGAGGGUCCUCACUCUGAUUUUGCUGGACCAACUUCUGGAUGUACGGCUAAUGUUGCAAUCAUUAGAGAGAACCAACUUAUUGUUGCGAAUGCUGGUGAUUCUCGAUCUGUGAUUUCACGGAAGGGCCAGGCAUAUAAUCUGUCGAGGGAUCACAAGCCUGAUCUUGAGGUUGAGAGAGAGAGAAUCUUGAAAGCAGGUGGUUUCAUCCAUGCAGGGCGUGUUAAUGGCAGCUUAAAUCUUGCAAGAGCUAUAGGUGACAUGGAAUUCAAGCAGAAUAAGUUUUUGCCAGCUGAGAAGCAAAUUGUUACAGCCGACCCAGAUAUAAAUAUUGUCGAUUUGUGCGAUGAUGAUGAUUUUAUUGUCCUAGCCUGUGAUGGUGUAUGGGACUGCAUGUCGAGCCAACAGUUAGUGGACUUUGUACAUGAGCAGCUCAAAUCGGAAUCCAAGCUUUCUGCGGUAUGCGAAAAGGUUCUUGAUAGGUGUUUGGCACCCACUGCUGGAGGUGAAGGAUGCGACAACAUGACCAUGAUUUUAGUACAAGUCAAAAAACCUAUUCCCUCCGGGCCUUCUCCUGGCAAUGAAUUAUCAGCUUCUCCAGGUGACGAAUCUUCGGCUUCUCCUGGUGAUGAGCCGUCAGCUUCGAGUGAGAAACUCCCUGCUUCAGAUGAUGUAAAUGCUGAAACAAAACCAGCAGAGUCUGGAUCAAGUUCAUAGUCACAGAUACCCUUGUUAAGCCUGAAACUUCUGAAAGCAUAAUCUGCAGUUGUAAAUGAUUGUUUUCGAGCAACGAGGAUCGUACUAAAAAAAUUACUUAGCUUUUACAGCUGCUGGUUGUAUAUGUUUUUUGUAUUGUACUAUAACUUUUUGGAUGACAUGUAUAGAUGGCUUGACUGGAUGUCCAGAUGUUCUUGACAUGAAAUGUAAAAACCAAAAGUUUUGUUAUCCAAA